AUGGCACCGCGUCGAAAAACAACGAAAGCUGACCGCGCCAGGAAGCUUCUGGGCGGAGUGUUGCGGGAAGACUCUGAUGAUGAGCUGGGCCAGGAAGAUCACCCCUGGGAAUGGAUAUUCGACAGCGAUGGCAGGACGAUCAAGGGUGCUCGCAUGGGCGCUUUCGAAUGCUUCGUAGGAGAUCCGGUCCUUCUGAAAGCCGCGAACAAUGAAGCAUGGGUCGCACUACUUCACUCCUUCGCGGAAGAAGAAGACGAGGACGAGGACGGCCAGGCAAUUACCGAGAAGAAGGCGACCAUGCUGUGGUUUUCCUCAGAAAAGGAGAUCAGAAAUAACAAGAAGAAGCGUCAAGAUUUCAUGGCCAAUGAGUUGUAUAUUACCGCCAAUUUUGACAACAACGCGUUGGCUACCAUCAACGGCAAAGCCCAAAUCUGCUCCAGAGAAGAAUUUGACCAGCGAUUUCCUUCCGGCAAGAUUCCCCGGACCUCCAAGUCGUAUGGCAAGCUCUUCGUAUGCAGAAGGGGAGUCAACAUCCGCACGACAACGUAUUCAGAUGAAUUUCGAUGGGAGGAUCUUUACAAGGGUCCAGAAAACUUGGAUGACGUGGUCGCAUUCGUAGAGUCACAGACGGUAGGGACACGGAAACGCAAGAAUGCGGCCAGAGACAGAGAGCUUGACGAGUUCGUUGAGGGCGACGGGGACGAGGACGAGCCAUCGACGCCGCGGAAGAAGCGCAAAUUGGCCGCUGGAACGCCAACACCAUCUCGAAAUAAGAACACCACCCCACGAAAGUUCACAACACCUAGCGGACGCAAGAUAAUCACUAAAAGAGCCUUGGAAUUCACACCGCUCGGCACAAGAAUCCUGUCACCUGCACAAACGCAGUCAUCGCCGCAUCAAAUCGCAAGGUCCAGUCUUCACGUCUCUGCAGUGCCCCACGCCCUGCCCUGUAGAGAGACCGAAUUCGAUACCGUCUACUCACAUCUCGAAACUGCCAUCUCAGCUGGUACGGGAUCGUGUAUUUACAUAUCGGGCACACCCGGAACAGGCAAGACUGCAACGGUUCGCGAAGUUGUCAGCAGUCUGCAGGCAGCUGUCGCUGAGGAACAGCUCGACGAUUUCUACUUUGUCGAGAUCAAUGGCAUGAAAGUCACCGAUCCUCAUCAAUCGUACAGUCUGCUGUGGGAAGCGUUGAAAGGAGAUCGCGUAAGCUCGAACCAUGCACUUGAACUACUAGAGCGUGAAUUCACGACUCCCAGCCCACGACGAGUUCCUUGUGUCGUGCUGAUGGACGAGCUUGAUCAGCUCGUGACUCGGAACCAAGGCGUCAUGUAUAAUUUCUUCAACUGGCCACAACUCCGACAUUCGAGGCUCAUUGUCCUGGCUGUUGCGAACACGAUGGACCUGCCCGAGCGGACGCUGUCCAACAAAAUAUCGAGUCGAUUAGGUCUGACUCGCAUCACGUUUCCGGGAUACACACACACACAGCUCAUGAAGAUCAUCCAAAGCCGUCUCGAGGGGUUAGGGCAAGUUGUUGUGGAACCGGAUGCGGUCCAAUUCGCUAGCCGAAAGGUUGCUGCUGUUUCAGGCGAUGCGCGGCGGGUGCUGGACAUCUGUCGUCGAGCUGUUGAACUUGCCGAACAGGAUGCACUGCAAAAUGACCGGAUUGAUCAGGAGAACCAGACUCCUACUGCCCCAGGCAAGACACCACUCAAAGAGAAGAAGGCAUCCAGCAAAGGCGUGGUCACAAUUGCAACAGUCAAACAGGCGAUCAACGAAGCGACCUUGACACCUUUGGCGUCACAUUUGCGGUCGUUACCUCUCACCAGUAAGCUAUUUCUUGCGGCUCUUCUUGCACGAACACGACGAACAGGUCUCUCGGAGUCUACGCUAUCCGAUGUUACUGACGAAGCUCAUCGUAUGAGUACUAUAACGACGAACAAGAGCCUGACAAAGCACUUGCUCGCUGUGGCACCCAGCUUAGAACAACAAGAAAUUGGGAGCGACACAGUUUCCAUGACGCCCUCGAAGCGAGGACGACCGGUCCAAAAGCGCGAAGUGGAGCACGCAGCUCGGAUCAAUGGUCUCGGUGUAGCUGCGCGGGAGCUCUUUGAAGCGGGCAUCAUUGGACUGGAGAGUAGACAUGGUGAUCGCGUAGGACGAGUUCGCUUGGGUGUUGCUGAAGAGCAGGUUGCUGAUGCACUUAGAGACGACAAAGAUUGCAUCGGUCUCACAUAG